CGUCGAGGAGGUCGAGGUGGCGGCGGUGCGGUGCCAGCCCGAGCGCAUCGAGGACCUCUGCAGGACCACCAAGUUCUCGCGACAGGAGCUCAAGUUCAUGUACCAGGGAUUCAAGCAGGUCUGUCCCACUGGCGUGGUACACGAGAACACGUUCAAGGAAAUUUACGCACAGUUCUUCCCGCAUGGAGAUGUAAGCCAGUACGCGCACUACUUGUUCCAGGCGUUUGACCAGGACCACAACGGUACAAUAACCUUCCAGGACUUCGUGGUGGGCCUGUCGGCGCUCUCGCGCGGGGCGCCCGUGGACAAGCUUCGGUGGGCGUUCCAGCUGUACGACUUGAACGGCGACGGCAUCAUCUCGCGCGACGAGAUGACGGACGUCAUCGUCUCCAUCCACAGCCUGGUGGGCGCCCCCCACCACCAGCCAGACGAUGACGAUCCGGACUCCGUCAGGGACCACGCCAACAGGGUCUUCCAGAAACUGGACCUGAAUCAAGACGGUGUUGUGACCAUCGACGAGUUCAUCGAAACUUGCUUAAAGGACGAGAACGUGAUGAAGUCACUGGCCAUCCUCGACACGGUGCUAUGAGAGUGCCAGAAACAAUAGGCCGCUUUUUUUUGUC